GGCAGGGCUUGCGCGUCCAUUGCAAAAAAAUUCCUGCACAGAGUUUUCGCUACAAUUAACUUUGGCAAGCUCGUGAUGUGGGCCGUAAAAACAGUGUCUGGUGGAAAAGUGUGAAAGAAAUCAGUGAAUAGUUUGUGGGUGUUUUGUGUACGUGCAUUUACCGUAUUAUUCCCAAUAGCUUUGCGGCUUUUCAAAGUGCUCGCUUCGGUAUUCGUUUUCCCCGCACCCAAGCCGCAUUUGCGACGCCGCUUGGAAAAUGUCGCUGGAUGGCGGUAGGUUGCGCUACGAAGACGAAAAUGGUAAAACCGUGGUUCUGGCAGCCAAAGGGCGCACCUUCCAGGUGGGCUCCUACUACAAUUGCGACCUCAUCCUGGAGGGGCCAGAGGAGGAGCGUCUAAUUUGCGAAAUAAACUGCGAUGCCUUCGGCAGGGUCAUCAUAUACAACAAGUCCAGCGGAGACCCCAUUCAUCUCAACGACGUGGCCAUCCACGCUGCAGGCAAGCGUCCUUUGCUACACGGUGGCAAGAUUACCAUUCGAGACAAGGUCUACACGUGGGAGUUCCCCAAGACCUCCGAGGUGCAGGAUGCCCCAUGCACCCCAGAACGCCUAUUGCCCAACGAACAGGCCUCAAACUCCUGCCCUUCAUUGAAGCAAUCGCAUCGUCUACAAGCCGAAAAACGCCUGACAGUUCACAAUUUUCACUACAGCAUCAAUUCGGACGACGAAGGAAAUACUUCUAUAGAGUCUCGUGAUCAGAGUGAGUCUCACUUGGAGGAUGUCUCACUGAAUGAAUCAAUUCAGCGCAGCACAGAGGAGACAGCUUACGAGUCCCCCAAAGUAAAUCUUCUGGAGGCUACGCAGAAUAAGGAGAAUACCGCAACGCCACCAGGUAGCCACCAAAAGCUACUAAGGCUGUGCGCCAUCUCCGACGUGGUUAUUACCUCUUAUUCGCCGCGCGAGACUGGCGUGAAGAUCGAGAAAUCCUUUUCAUGUGUUCGAAAACCUGGCUACACCACGACGUCUUUGGCUGUUUCCACGCCCAAGAGCGUAUACAGCACCCCCAAGGGCAAUGUGCUCUCUGAACUAAACGAAGACAGCUGCAGCCGAGAUCUAAUGGACUUUAGCACGCCAUCCACCUCAAAAAAAACCAAGCGGGAUUCGUCCAUGUUCCUGAUCGACCUGACCACCCCAUCAAAGCUACGACAAACACCCAAACAGACGCUUGGAUUCAAGCUCACACCCAAACAGACGCCUAUCAGUGUAGACAGCACCGACGAAUCAUCAGAUGCAUCCCCAUUAGUCAUAGACAUAACUAACUCUGACACCCCGCCAUCAGCAAGCCCUUCGCAACGGUAUAAAACUCCUAAGCGUCCGGCUGGAAUCACCACACCCAAUAGAACGCCCCAGUCACUGAUGAAACGAGCGUUGCUUACCAGCAUUAAAAAGCAGAUCGCCUCCAACCAACCAGAUAAGACCACCCCCAUAGCCACCCCCAAGCGGACAUCUCUUCUGGAGGCUCGUCGCCACUGCCUGACUACGCCUCGGCGUUUGCCAUUCCAUCCACAUCGUCGUACGCCAGUCCAGCGAGAAGGACAUACGAGAGGAAACGCACCCAAGACCUCGCCACGCAAGCGUAUAUCCCUAAUGGAGUCUCCCAGAGAGAACAAGGUCUCCCAGCUCAGAAAAUCGUUUGCGGCUGCCAAGCGUAGUCCCGGCGUUGACAAGAGCAACAAGCUCGUAGCCAAGGCACGUCGUUCGCUUAACUCGCCGAAAAGUGGCUCCCCUAAGCCUGGAUCAUCUAAACCGUCAUCUCCAUGUCAAAAAAAAAUCGAUGUGUCCCAGAUCAAGAGCUCCACUCCGGAAGAACCGGACGAUUCAAAGGACGAGCUGAGCCGCACGUUCACUAUACUGCAUGAUACUACCCAAGGAAACGAUCAGAGUGGCGCAGCAUUGGCAAUCGAAGCGGUUACAGCUCUCAUAACUGGGGAAGUAGACGAUGAUGUAUCCUUUCAGCUAAGCUCGCUAAUUGAAAAGAGGCUUCCGUCAGUGACCUCAGAAGAGCCUGCACCUAUCCAAGACAAAGUUGAGUCGAUCGGGUCAGAAUCUGAUGUGGUAGGCGAGUUAAAAUAUGCACAGGAAGAUAUGAAUCCUAAGCCAGAUGCGGUCAUACUCGACCAGAAUGAACGUGACGAAAAUGAAUUGAAAACCGGCAAAAAUGAAGACGAAUGUAAAGAAAAAGACUGUGAACUUCCAAUCGACAAACAACUUGAGGAUGCUGUUAUUGAGGAUAACAUUUGCGAAGAGGUUCAUGCGAAUAUUCCUCAACAAACUAAGAAUUCUAAUUCUGAGAAAAUAAUCGAGGAAAGUAUUUGCGAAGAGCUGCCAUUGGAGAGUACUACUGGUAAUUCAAAUUCAACUGGAGGGAUAUCUCAAAAAGAGAACCAACCAACUCCAAGUGCAGAAACCCCCGUGGCUCGCAGAAGCUUGCGCCGUCAUUCUGUUGAGCAGAGGGCAGUGUCAACAACGCCACGGAGAAGCACUCGGCGAUCCUCGAUGGAGGCCAGCAGUAAGGCAUUACCUGAGAAGGACAACAAGCGUUCUCGUCGUGCAUCCUGUUCAGCAAUGGACAGCCAAGUCGCUGUUACUCCCCGGCGCAAGCGGCAAUUUACGCAAGAAAUGUCCACGCCAACGCGCCAAUCAUUGCGUAUUAAGAACACACCCAAUAGGGAACUUCAGGUGGAUGAAUCUGUGGGCGAUAUGGGAGUCAUAUUGGAAGAAGUUGGUUCCGAAGAUGAUAGCAAAUCUUUCAUCGCUGACGACGAAAAUUAUGGCAACGAGCUGCCAAAUGAUGAUAUUGACAAGGUAGAUUUCCACGGCCUCAGAGAUUUAUUGAAAACACCAAAAAGCUGCAGCACACCCCGCUUUAAAGGGCUAAGGGAACUGAUGCGCACUCCGAAAAUUCCUGCCUCACCAAUUAUAGGAAACAUGGCAGAACUAUUAGAAACCUCUGUUGGUAGGACUCCUUACCACGAUAGAAGAAGCACUGCACUAGCUCGCAUGGAGCAAGGAAAGCCUCUGGACAAUGUUCUGAAGACGCCCAGCGCCCGGAAUAUCAUGGUGCCAAAUGAACCAGCUAGCACAGUGUUAAAGUCUCGCAAAGAUUUUCUGGGGGCAACCACGGAAUACGAUCUGAAUGUGACGAACAACACAUUGCAUUUGGACAAGAUUUUCGAGGACAUGUCCGAAACGACUGGGGCCAAUAUGGAAGACACGGAAGAAAUUAAUGUGACAACGAUCAGCACAGCGACUGGAGUUGAUCCUUUGGAUUCAAUAAAUCAGAAUAAAACAGUGGCAUCAGAGGCACUGAUGAAUGUUGGGCAUACAGCCACAGCGAGCGCUUCCCUAGAGGAUCCUCUGACAAGCACCACCUACAAAGCUACCAUGCAUGCCAAUCCCAAUCUUAGCGACUUCAGGUCUGUUUCGCCCAACCCGAACGAGAUGAGUGGAAUUCAGUUGUUGGACCAGUCGUCGGACUCAAUGUUCUCCGAAGCACUAGUAGUUUCGGGCGUGGAGUCGUGCGAAGUCACCGUGGAUGAGACGAGGCCUUUAGGCCAGACCAAUCCACCUAUUGAUAACAUUGAGGAUCGCUCAGAUACAGACUCAAAUGUUGGCCUUACUGAGCCCUUGGUAUUUAGUGAUGAUGAAGAGGAGCCAAAGAAAUCGGAAGGAACUACCAAACAAUCUGACAGUGCUCAGGAACCAUCUAUAGCCUACAAGCUUGAAGAAUCUGUCAAUCUGACGGAACACAAAACUGUCGAUGAGAAUUCAAGUAAAUAUGAUGUCGAAACGGGUGCUAUCAGUGAAAUUUCACUAAUUGAAGUGGAAGAUACCACAAUUGAGGCAAGUACUUGCGAGCAAAAUCUCGAAAGCUGCAAACUUCAAGAAGAGAAAAGUGUAGAUAUCGCUUCAGUUAAUUCAGAUGAAAAUAUCGAAUCUGCAGUGGUGGAAUUGACGAUCCUAGAGUCAGAGAUAUUUCCUUUAGACACAACAGCGGAUAGUUCGAUCAAUUCUACUAAUGUCCUCGACAGUAGUGUGGAAAAAACUAUACCUGACCGAAAUCUCAAAGGUGGCAAACUUCAAGAAGAGAAAAGUUUAGAUAUCGCAUCAGUUAAUUCAGAUGAAAAUAUUGAAUCUGCAGUGGAAUUGACGAUCCUAGAGUCAGAGAUAUUUCCUUUAGACACAACAGUGGAUAGUUCGAUCAAUUCUACUAAUGUCCUUGACAGUAGUGUGGAAAAAACUAUACCUGAACAUAAUCUUAAUCAAGAAGAUGCCAAGGCCACAAACGAUGCCCAAGACACUUCAGUUACAGAUGAAAAAUCCUCUACUGACUUAUAUCGUUCAGUUGGCGAAGUAUUACCAUCCAAUAAAAGUGAUUUGCAUACUGAUGAACCACCAAUCGUAAUAUCCUCUUCUAAAGAACUGGCAAAAGAGGCGAAAUCUGGUGAUGGUAACCCCAUCGACAACGACAACUCCAAACCAUAUAUUGAGCGCUCUGAAGAACUUUCCGAAGAAACCAAACCAGAUAAGGUUUCGAGUGCUGCAGAAUCGGAUCGACCAGUCACAGAAACUUCGCCGACUCCAAAAGCCCCUGGCGCAGAGUCUAAGCAACCGUUGACUGAAUCACAUUCCGAUGAACUUGUAAAAGAAACCAACUCCAAUGAGGUUUCCGUUGAUGGGGAACUCAUUCAACCAGCCAUUGAGACUUUGCCUUUUGUGGAACAAAAACAAGAACCUGAUGUUUCUACUGAUGCGGAAUCUAAUCAACAUUGCAUCGAAAGUUCGCCUCUCAACGAACUUUCAGAGAAUAUCCAACGUGAGGAGGUACACACUUUAGAUAAUACUAAACAAGAAGUAAAACCGUAUCCCGUCAUGGAAGUUUUAAAGGAAACAAAAACUGAUGAAUCUAUCCAAUCCGUCACCAAUACGUAUCCAACCGAGGAACUUCAAGAAGAAGCUAAAGCUGAUGAGUUGCCUACUGUUAGUGAAAUGGUUCAAGCAUUCAAAGAGACGAAAACAGAUGAUACUAUUAAACCAAUCAUCGAAACAUCGCCUGAAAGAGAACCCUUAGAAGAGGCACAUCCUGAUGAGUUGCCUUCUUCUAGUGAAAAGGAUCAAGUAAUUGUCGAAACACCAUCUGCUGAAACUAGGCCAACCAUCGAAACUUCUUGUGACGAACCACUAUCAACAGCAGGAACUGAUAUAGUGCCUGAUUUAAGUCAAAUUGAUCAACUAAUUUUUGAAAAAUCACCAGCCGAAGAACCGCAUGAGAAAGCAAAACCUGAUGAGACUACCCAGGAAGUCAUCGAAACAUCACACGCGGAGAAAGAUCCAAUAGAAGCCAGUCCUAAAGAGGAUUCAUCUGUUAGUAAAAUGGAUAAUGCAGUUGUGGAAACUAAUCCUCAAACAGAUAAGCUAAUUCCUCCGGAUGAAAUUACAAAUUGCGGGCCGGUAGAUAUAUGCAUCGAUGAGUUCUCUUUAAGAAAUUCUAGUUCAGCAUUUGAGAUCGAACACUCAGAAGAAGUCGCGACGACUUCUUUAGACUUAGAUCUUUCCGAGAUAAGUAAAGAAAAGGGAAAUAUGGAAGCUUUGCCGAAUGACAACGCUUGUGUUAAGCACAUAGCGUGCGAUCUUGCUAAUGUAAGCUCAUUAGAAGAACCAACGAAUUUAUCUCCCAAGACUCGUCUACGUGGGACAUCAAUGUCACAAGAUGAGGCCGCUCAAGUUGAUGAACAGAAUGAAAACGAUCACGUCGAAGAACACGUCGCAAUGGAGGUAUCAUCAAAUGAAAUCGCUGCUCAUAAAGAGAGUGAUGAGAAAUUUGAAGACAUAGAUGAGGAUGCCUUGAGCGGAGUUAAACAAAGUUCACUGGAAGAAAAUGCACUAAUUCAUCAAUCUCUAACGGACCAGAAUAAAGAGGUUUCUAUUAUGGAAGAAUCCGAAGCUGUUGUUUUAGAGGAACCUAAGGACAGCCAACCAAAUCAGGAUUUCAAAGCAGAGGUGAUUCGCUUAGACGCCUCCAUCAUUGUUGAGAAAGAUACACUAGAUGAAAGUACAUCAGUUGGAGAGGAUAAAGAUCAAUCCACAGAAAUUUCUAUGCUUAAAGAACAAUCUAAUGCCGACCAAAUAAAAGAUGUUAGCUCGAUGGACAAAAAAGAAUUCACAGAAUGUAUACCCAAAAAGGAUUCUGACGAAAAGGACAAUGACGAUAAAGUUAUUCAAUUAGAUGCCUCGAGCUUAGAUGAAAGUUACACAGAAGCAUCUGUCUUAGUCGAAAAACAUUCAGAUAUGGAGGUGAACACAAAGGAAACGGAGAAUCGCAAUCAAAAUCAUUCUGACGAUGAGGUGAUUUCGUUAGAUUCCUCAAGCAUUGCUGAGGAAUGUCCUCUAAACAAAGAUUCAAUAAUUGAAGAUCCUAACGAUGAUUCCAUUAUAGAGGGUAUCGUAAUAGAAGACAAUGAUGUAAAAGAAUGUGUGUCUGAAGAGUCAUCUAACCAAAAUGAAGUCACUGAACCACCAAAUCAUAUUUCAAUUAUAUCUGAAGAGCCAUCCGAAAAAGAAAUCUGCCCUAAGAUAUCAACUUUAAACGCUGCAAACUCUUCACCACGCCAAGUGGAAUCACAAAAAAUGUACGAACAAAUAAAUCAGGUAGAAACCGCGGUAUUAAAAAAUUCAUCAAGUCCCAAUGGGGAAUUACCUAAUGCUUCUUCGGCACGCGAAAUUGAGCUUCCUAUUCCGAAAGUGGAAGACGUAUCUGAUGCAAUGGCAGAUUUUCAAUGUGCUGAAGAUGGCGGUGAAGUAGAAAAGGUUGAUAUUAUGUCAGAGGAAAUUGUCAAAGAGCAGCAACCACAGCCAGGUGACCCAGCUAAUUCCAGCUCUACAGGCCAGGGACCUGAAUCAACAGUAGUCGAAGCCAUUAUCGUCUUACCUCACGAAGAUGCCGUUGCUAAAAUAGAACCUGCACCAUUCAAUUCUUCUACUAAUUCUUUGGUUGUACCUUCAGCAAACGAGCCACAUGAAGUAGUCAGUAUUGAAGAAUCUGCCGACUCCACAAAAACAAGUCAAGGUGAAGACUCUACGGAUAAUUUACAAGGAAAAGGCAAUUUUCCAAUGGAACCAGAUACUAAUCAAGAGCAAGAAGACGGAACACUUACCAAGCCAGUAUCUGGAGAUACAUCUCUAACAAAAACAGAGUCCACUUCUGCAGUUGAUUCGGAUCAGAAUUUGUUAUCCGUUAAAGAUGAAGCUGGGUCUAGCCAGGACAAACCAUCUGAGAAGUCUAUUCAUAGUACUUCAACAGACUCGAAAAGUAAAGAACGAACAGACAUUACAACUUCCAAACGAACAAUAUUCCCAGAGUCCACAGAGAUGUCCGGACUUAUCAGCAAGCCUUCAAACUCAGAAGAAAAGUUAACCCAUGAAGAAGAAUCUAAACCAGUAAAAAGAGUGAACAAAAAGGGAUCUGCUUCCGCUGAUGGGGCGACUGAGGCUGAACGUCCAAAGAGAGUGUCGAGGAAACCAUCUGCUGAGGUUUUGGAAAUAGAAGACCAUGGAAGCGACACUAAGCAAGAAGAUGAUCACAGUAUUAAAUCUAGGGGGCGAGCUAGAAAACCAUCAUCAGAUGUAGAUGAGGACAAAAAGGAAGCUAUUACAGAAAAAAGAAGAGGACGAGUACGCACUCCAUCCGUAGAACUUUCUGAAACCACAGCAAAUGUCGAACAGAAAGAAAUCGCAGGCCAUAAAUCUGAUGAAGCUCUUAAACCCAUCCUAGAAGAAGAACCAGAGCCAGAAGUUGAGAAAAGAAUCGAGUCAAAUGCAGAACAGGUGAUCAUCAUAGACAAACCCAAAAAACGAUUAAGGAAGGCAUCUUCAAAGGAAUCGGAUACUCUAUUGGAUAAUAAAGAAAAAAUUAAUACGGACUUGGAAGUUGCCAACAAAGCUGAAAGUACUCAUUCGAAUAACAGCGAGCAACGAGAUGUCCGAGAGCCUUUUGUAUCGACAACUAAGUCAGAGGUGGAAGCCGAUUUAGAAGGUGAAAUGGAAGUGCAGGAAACCAACCAGAAACACACCACUAAAGAACGACCCAAGAGACGCGGGAGAAAGGCAUCUGCUAAUGAAACGGAGGACGCAUCCGAGAAAUUAGAAAAAGCUGAAGAUCAUUUGAAGGCCAUUAAUACAGAUGGAAAGUUAGCAGUUGUUUUACCAACUACAAGCAAUGAAAUAGAUAACACAAAUACAGAAAUUGUAGCCGACUUAGAGAUAAAGCCAAAAAGACGGGCGCGAAAAGCAUCUGCAAAGGAAACGAACACGACGUCGGACAAAAAGGAGAAGACUGUAGAUAUUUUAGCACCAGUCAAAGAAGUGGAACCUUCGCUGUCCAUCAAAAAGAAUUCGGAUCACUCGGAAUCAAAGGGGCCACAAGAGCCUGCACCGGUUGCUACUUUGAAUAUAUCCAAGGAAGAACAAGAUCCCGAUAAUGUGCCAAAUGUCUCUUCGGAAAACAUGGCGCCUAAGGAGCCAAAGAAGCAGGAGAGACCAAAGCGAAGAGUUCGUAAGGCAUCCGAAGAUAUAGUAGAAGUCAACGCAGCAAUAGACGCACAUAAUCCUGAAACGGCUUUGGCUUCCGUCCAAGAGGAUCACUUAAAUCAAGCUGAUCAAGAAAUGCCGAAAAAGCGACCACGAAAAUCAGCUGAACUUAUGCUCGCAAAUGUAGAGGAGCAUGCUAAGGAAGAUCACCUUGAAAGACCGAAGCGUAGGGGACGCAAGCCUUCUCUAGACACUGAUCAUGUUUCCCAAGAUGUUCCAGAAAAACCAAAGCGAAGGGGAAAAACACCAGCAGAUCGUGAAACUCAACCUCUGGGCGAUGAAAAGCAGGAGCCAUCUUUGCCAGUUGUAGAGCCUGCGAAAAAGACCAGGCGUAAUGCACGCAAAGCUUCUGCGGAAACUGUUGAAGCCGUUUCAACUAGCGGCGAAGAGCACCUUGCGCAAAUCGAAGAGGCAACCGAGCCAGUAACAGAAUCAGAACCGGCACAAUCUGAAUUACUUCCAGAAGAGGGCGAGGAGAACAAGACUCGGCGACGCGGUCGUAAGCCAACUGUGGAUACAGAUGAGGGGCCGAUUAAAAAGACACCAGCAGAGGAACCAGUUCCGCUUCCCUCUCAUUCACGCAGACGUGGACGCAAAGCCACCGAGGAUGAGGUCUUACCAACAGCAGAUCUGGCUGUGCCGAAAACAAAGCUUCGUGGACGCAGGGCGUCCAUGGAGCCAGAACAUAAGGACGAGCUCACAGCGGAGUCUAGUUCCGAGGUCGUGGAACUGCCAACGGCCAAGACAACGCGCCGCGGUAGAAAGCCAAGUGUAGACAUGGAAGCGACCAUACCGGAGAAGAAACCACCAUCUCGACGAGGGCGCAAGGCUUCCGCGAGUGUCGAUGAGGAACAGCCAGCGGCCAAGAAAACGGCAAUUCGUCGCGGUCGUAAAAACGAAGCUCAUGAAGACGAGGAAAGAGGACAUAUCGACUUGCAGGACUUGCCUACCGAAAUUGCUUCUCCGCUGGUGGACACAUCGGGUUCCCCUUCGAAGGCCUCCGAUGCCGAAGAACUUACUCCACGCCGCCGAGAGGGACGCAACUUGCCACGUAAAAACUACGAGGAGGCACCGGACGAUGAGAAGCCGCAUUCAGGACUGCGACGGGCACGCAAGCCAGCGGCAACCAAGAGUUUGGCCAGCAAGGCGCCAGAGCCAGAUCCAGUUACACCUUCGCCCGUAACCAAUCAACCACCCGUGAAAUCAGAGGAUACACCCGACAACACAGUUUCUCUUUCGGAGCCCACAACCUCGCAGCGACGCGAAGGACGAAACCUGCCGCGCAAGAACUACACGGAGGAUCUGGACGACGAAAUGCCGACACCGGCUCGUAGUCGCCGCGUACGCAACCUGACUGCAAAGGCCCUGGAAUUAAUUGUGGACUCUUCACCGCGACCAGUGACUCCGAAAAGGCCGAAGGGCAAGGCAGCGAACUCUGAGGAGCCACCGGCAAAGAAGCCCACCCCAGAGUUUCCAUCAACAACAGAAGCUGCUGGGCCGGAGCAUGAGCCGAUCCCAGCAACCAAGGGGCGUGGAACUCGUCGAAAGGCCGACGAUACCGAUUUAGAGAAGCCGGACGUCAAAACAGCCAAAAAGACCGUCCGCGGCGCGGGAGGCAAAACCAAAGUCGAGACUGAAACGGAGAAGCAACCACCCAUCAAAAAGCCGCGAGGCGGAGCACGCACCAAAACACCAUCGGAAGAGGCUCCUCAGGAGGAGGAACAGGUAAAGAAGUCUGCCGCUCGCAGUCGAGCAAAAGGCACCAAGGCAGUAGAACCCGAGGAGCCCGCCGAAGAUCCCCAAGUCGAAGCCAGCUUCUCCAAAUCGACGGCGUCAGUUCGAGGUGGCCGAGCCCGGAAGGUACACUUCGAGGCCGCGCCGGAGACCUCUGCCAGUGAGGUUGCACCACAGCGCGCAACUCGGUCACGACGAAAGUAAUAUCACAUCUAUUUUAUUUAUAAGCUUUGUACUAAUCUGUAUAAUUUUUUGAGUUCGUUUUUAAUUUUACGUUAACUUGUGUAAAAAAAAUUCAUUUAUGUAUCAAUUAAUGAAGGCGUGUUAUUUUUUAAUUUCUCUUGUUAAUCCAACCCAUUUCGGUGGGAUACCGUUGAAUGGAAUGGCUCCCCUCGCUCAGAACAAAAACUAACCUUAAUAGAUUUAAGGCAUUUAAAAAUAUUAAUAAAUAUAUAUACAUAGUUUAUCACUUAAGACAUUAUCAGAACUCCCCAAAAAUAAUAAAGUUUCGUAAACCAAUCGG